GUGCGCGCCUUGCUCUUGCCUUGGUGCAAACCAAACCAUCCCCCUGCGGGAGAGUGCAGCCCUCAGGACCCCUCCCUCUCUCGCCACUGCCAGAGUUCUCUCUUUCCUUUCGCCUUGCCCUCAUGUUCCCCUAACUGUAACCCCCAGCUCUGGCGUUGAAGGCAGCAGCAGGGCAGCAGGGCGGUCAGCCCGGGGGGUCUUUGCAGUGGCGGAGGAGAGUGUGUACAUCGUCGCUCCUGUCUCCCUUGCCGCUCAGAUCGACCAGCUUGUGAGCGAGGGGCUGUUUGAAGAGGCGCUCUCCCUGUGUGAGGGGCUGGAGGAUGGGAAGGCGGUUGAUUCCACCUAUCUGAUACCUAUUCCUUCUCCACUGCCCCUGCUUGUCACAAUGCAGAUCGACCAGCUAGUGAGCGAGGGGCUGUUUGAAGAGGCGCUCUCCCUGUGUGAGGGACUGGAUGAUGUCGAGGGGGAGGAGGAGGGGAGCGGCCAGCCAAGGAGGCGUAUGGACUUGGUUCGACUGCGCCUCUGCUCCUUGCCUGCCCCUUCUUUCUUGUUCAUUGUUGUCUUGUAUCAUCCUCUCUCCUUUCCGUCUCCCCCCCAUCUCCACCUUGCCUGCCCCUUCUUUCUUGUUCAUUGUUGUCUUGUAUCAUCCUCUCUCCUUUCCGUCUCCCCCCCAUCUCCACCUUGCCUGCCCCUUCUUUCUUGUUCAUUGUUGUCUUGUAUCAUCCUCUCUCCUUUCCGUCUCCCCCCCAUCUCCACCUUGCCUGCCCCUUCUUUCUUGUUCAUUGUUGUCUUGUAUCAUCCUCUCUCCUUUCCGUCUCCCCCCCAUCUCCACCUUGCCUGCCCCUUCUUUCUUGUUCAUUGUUGUCUUGUAUCAUCCUCUCUCCUUUCCGUCUCCCCCCCAUCUCCACCUUGCCUGCCCCUUCUUUCUUGUUCAUUGUUGUCUUGUAUCAUCCUCUCUCCUUUCCGUCUCCCCCCCAUCUCCACCUUGCCUGCCCCUUCUUUCUUGUUCAUUGUUGUCUUGUAUCAUCCUCUCUCCUUUCCGUCUCCCCCCCAUCUCCACCUUGCCUGCCCCUUCUUUCUUGUUCAUUGUUGUCUUGUAUCAUCCUCUCUCCUUUCCGUCUCCCCCCCAUCUCCACCUUGCCUGCCCCUUCUUUCUUGUUCAUUGUUGUCUUGUAUCAUCCUCUCUCCUUUCCGUCUCCCCCCCAUCUCCACCUUGCCUGCCCCUUCUUUCUUGUUCAUUGUUGUCUUGUAUCAUCCUCUCUCCUUUCCGUCUCCCCCCCAUCUCCACCUUGCCUGCCCCUUCUUUCUUGUUCAUUGUUGUCUUGUAUCAUCCUCUCUCCUUUCCGUCUCCCCCCCAUCUCCACCUUGCCUGCCCCUUCUUUCUUGUUCAUUGUUGUCUUGUAUCAUCCUCUCUCCUUUCCGUCUCCCCCCCAUCUCCACCUUGCCUGCCCCUUCUUUCUUGUUCAUUGUUGUCUUGUAUCAUCCUCUCUCCUUUCCGUCUCCCCCCCAUCUCCACCUUGCCUGCCCCUUCUUUCUUGUUCAUUGUUGUCUUGUAUCAUCCUCUCUCCUUUCCGUCUCCCCCCCAUCUCCACCUUGCCUGCCCCUUCUUUCUUGUUCAUUGUUGUCUUGUAUCAUCCUCUCUCCUUUCCGUCUCCCCCCCAUCUCCACCUUGCCUGCCCCUUCUUUCUUGUUCAUUGUUGUCUUGUAUCAUCCUCUCUCCUUUCCGUCUCCCCCCCAUCUCCACCUUGCCUGCCCCUUCUUUCUUGUUCAUUGUUGUCUUGUAUCAUCCUCUCUCCUUUCCGUCUCCCCCCCAUCUCCACCUUGCCUGCCCCUUCUUUCUUGUUCAUUGUUGUCUUGUAUCAUCCUCUCUCCUUUCCGUCUCCCCCCCAUCUCCACCUUGCCUGCCCCUUCUUUCUUGUUCAUUGUUGUCUUGUAUCAUCCUCUCUCCUUUCCGUCUCCCCCCCAUCUCCACCUUGCCUGCCCCUUCUUUCUUGUUCAUUGUUGUCUUGUAUCAUCCUCUCUCCUUUCCGUCUCCCCCCCAUCUCCACCUUGCCUGCCCCUUCUUUCUUGUUCAUUGUUGUCUUGUAUCAUCCUCUCUCCUUUCCGUCUCCCCCCCAUCUCCACCUUGCCUGCCCCUUCUUUCUUGUUCAUUGUUGUCUUGUAUCAUCCUCUCUCCUUUCCGUCUCCCCCCCAUCUCCACCUUGCCUGCCCCUUCUUUCUUGUUCAUUGUUGUCUUGUAUCAUCCUCUCUCCUUUCCGUCUCCCCCCCAUCUCCACCUUGCCUGCCCCUUCUUUCUUGUUCAUUGUUGUCUUGUAUCAUCCUCUCUCCUUUCCGUCUCCCCCCCAUCUCCACCUUGCCUGCCCCUUCUUUCUUGUUCAUUGUUGUCUUGUAUCAUCCUCUCUCCUUUCCGUCUCCCCCCCAUCUCCACCUUGCCUGCCCCUUCUUUCUUGUUCAUUGUUGUCUUGUAUCAUCCUCUCUCCUUUCCGUCUCCCCCCCAUCUCCACCUUGCCUGCCCCUUCUUUCUUGUUCAUUGUUGUCUUGUAUCAUCCUCUCUCCUUUCCGUCUCCCCCCCAUCUCCACCUUGCCUGCCCCUUCUUUCUUUCUCGCCCACCAUCUAUUCUCAUCGGGUGAAUUCGACCGGGCCAUGCAGCAACUCGCCCUCUGCUCCUCGCCGCCCCUCCUCCAAGCCCUCUCGCUCUUCCCCUUCCUCCCCUCCCUCCCCUCCUCCAUCCUCUCCCUCGCUGCCUCCUCCUCCCCCUACCCUCCCUCCUUCCCCUCCGCCUCCCCCUCCUCCCCCUCCUACCCUCUCUCUCCUUCCUCCACACCUUCUGCUGCUGCAACACCACUGGGAGUGCAAUCGCAAUCAGAUCUAACCGGGCGGCAGCGCAAGCUGGCAUUGCUGUCUCUAGUGGCUUCCGCAGCAGAAGCAUCAGCAGCAUCAACUGAAGCAGAUGCAGCACAAGCAGCAGAGGCAGAAGCAGCAGCAGAGGCAGAAGCAGCAGCAGAGGCAGAAGCAGCAGCAGUGGCAGAAGAGAGGGCGAUCCUCUCUCAAUCACCGCCUGACUCGCCCGAGACUGCCUUUGACUUCAACCACUCGCUCUUCUCCUCCUCCGGCCCUCUCACCUUCGGGGCGCGUCCCAGCCCCUCUCCCCCUGCUGCCACUAGCAGCAGCUACAACACCCACAGUUCCCUUGGCAGUAACAUCAAGAAUGGCGAUGCAACCGCCACCACACCUCUCUCUCAGCCUCUUCCUCCUGCUUCUUCUCCUUCACUUGUCAUUCCGAAUCAGGAAGGGAGAGGUGGUGGGACUGAUAAUGAGUUAUUUCAGAUGCAGAGCGAAGGAGCGGGGAGAGGUGGAGGGGGGGCAUCCAUGUCAGCGACGGGUGUUGCUGACUCAGCGGACCCGAUGCACCCGCUCCGAUCGGCUCUGCAUGCGUUGUGGGCAGCCGAUAACUUCUGCCACGUCAGCACUGUGGAGGCGGCGCUGCGUGAGGAGGACAGGUGGCGCGACGUGAUUCGCUUUCUAUUUUUCAAAGGAUUGCACAGAGAGGGUCUUGUGUUCUUAAGAGAGAUGCUUAACGGCGGUGGUGUGGGAAUGGGGUGGGAAGGGGAGGAGGGGACAGAGGCGGUGGGAAGGAGAAAGGAAGAGAGAGAAGGAGCAGAGGAAGAAGGGGAGGUUGUUGGUUGUACUGGUGAUAGUGGUGGUGGUGGCACGACGGGAAGGAGGAGGGAUGCUGACGUGGUAGAGAACUGCUUCAAGGAAUACGUGGAGCUGCUAGGUCAGCAGCCACGUCAGCAGCCGCUCGUGCUGGAGGCGCUGACCCCUGUCUCCUCUCUCUCUCCCAACCCACCAAACCUGGUGCUCUCUCAUCUGCCCACCUGGUGCUCUCUCAUCUGCCCACCUGGUGCUCUCUCAUCUGCCCACCUGGUGCUCUCUCAUCUGCCCACCUGGUGCUCUCUCAUCUGCCCACCUGGUGCUCUCUCAUCUGCUCACCUGGUGCUCUCUCAUCUGCCCACCUGGUGCUCUCUCAUCUGCCCACCUGGUGCUCUCUCAUCUGCCCACCUGGUGCUCUCUCAUCUGCCCACCUGGUGCUCUCUCAUCUGCCCACCUGGUGCUCUCUCAUCUGCCCACCUGGUGCUCUCUCAUCUGCUCACCUGGUGCUCUCUCAUCUGCCCACCUGGUGCUCUCUCAUCUGCCCACCUGGUGCUCUCUCAUCUGCCCACCUGGUGCUCUCUCAUCUGCCCACCUGGUGCUCUCUCAUCUGCCCACCUGGUGCUCUCUCAUCUGCCCACCUGGUGCUCUCUCAUCUGCCCACCUGGUGCUCUCUCAUCUGCCCACCUGGUGCUCUCUCAUCUGCCCACCUGGUGCUCUCUCAUCUGCCCACCUGGUGCUCUCUCAUGUGCCCACUUAUCCGUCAGGCGGCCCCUCAUCUCACUGCCUCAGUCCUCGGGCAUCUCAUGGAGCAGAGCACACGUUCAGGCCAUGGGCGAGGGGGCUGCAAGCUGCUCCUCCCUGCCAUCCCCCUCUCAUGGUGGCCCCGUCGCCCAUGGCCCAUCUCUCUCUCAUGGACCCCCGUCUCUCUGUCCUCCCUCCCCACCCGCUCCUGCCCCAUCAGACCUGGUGCUCUCUCUCAUCCGCCAAGUCGCCCCUCACCUCAGCGCCUCCUUCCUCGAGCACCUCUUGGAGCAAACCGCUCAGGCCAUGGGCGAGGGGGGCGGAGGGGAGGGCGUGGGGGAAGGGGACGGGGAGGGGGAGGAGGAGGAGGAGCAGGAGGGAUCUGGAGAGGGUUGGAGGGGCAGCAGCGGCAGCGGUGGUGGUGGGGGGAGCGGGAGAGGGAGUGGGGAGAAGGGAAGACGGUGGAUUAGCAGCAGUGGGGCCGGUGGGUCUGGUGGUGGUGCUGGUGGGAGUCAGGGGGUGCAGGAUGUGGGAGCAGCAGCGUCACAGCUACAGCUAGACCUGGUUCGGCUCAGCCUUCACCGGGUCAAAGCAGAGCUCUGUCAAUCAGCAGCAGCCACGUCAGCAGCAGCAGAGCGCCUUGCUGUGAUUGGUCCAGAGAGGGCGAAGCUGGCAGCCGUGUUGCAGCGGAUCAGGCUGCGACUUAUUCCAGAGGUGAGAUGCGGUGCAGUGAGGUGCUUCAAAUUCUUCCUCCACACGCUCUCUAUUGAGAAUAAAGCCUUCCUUCUCCUGCGCUCCACACCCCUCCAUCUGCCCAUGCAUCUAGCCAUGCCACUGACCGCCGUCCCUCAACCCCCUUACAAUUUCCCUCCAGCAGUGCAGGCAGUGGGCGGUCGGGAUGCGCUGCUGUGGAUGGUGCUUGUGCUCUACGCUAGGAAGGUACGAUGCGUGCUUGUGGUGCCCAUGCGAUGCAAAGGAAGCGCAGCGGCAGCAGUAGAGGCAAUGGGGGGUCCGGAUGCGCUGCUGUGGAUUGUGUUUAUGCUCUAUGCAAAAUCGCUGAAUCAGCCCCUUCACUGCAUCUCCAUCUGCGACCAGCUUCUCUCCCUCUCCCCUCCUCCCUCUCGCCCAUCCCCUCCCUCUAUUGCUCCCUCCUUCUUACCCUUCAUCUCCCCUCGAAUGCCUCCUCCUCCUUCCACCACCACCACAACCACCACCAACAACACCAACACCUCAUUCUCUUCCUCUUCUCCUCUCUCCCAGAUUCCUGCGCUCAUCCCUCUCCUGCCUCCCUUCUCCACCUCCUCCAUAACCGCUUUCCAAUCCACUCCCACCGCUCCCGCCACCGCCGCCACUGCACAAGCACAAGCACCAGCAACAGCGGCAGCAGCAGUGGGAGGGGAAACAAGAGGAGCAGCAACGGGAGGAAGAGGAGGAGAAACAAAAGGGGCUGCAAGGGAGGAGGCUAUGCCUGAUGUGGGAGGGAGCAGCUCUAGCAACUCCAGCGCCCUUCUUACCGCUUCCACGCCCCACCAGGUGCUGCUGCGGGUGCUGUUGCUGUCUGACGUGGUGCUGACUCAGUUUGCCGCCCACUUUGGAAGGUUCUACCCCGUCAGUCAAGGGGAGGGGGAGGAAGAGAAGCAAGAAGAGGAAGGUGCGGAGAAGGUGCAUGGAAAGAGGGGGUCAGGAGGUGGACAAGAGGGAAAGCAAGCAGUCAGCGCAGAAACAGCAACAGCAGACGCUGCCGCAGAAACAGCAACAGCAGACGCUGCAGCAGGGGCGAUCAGUGCAGAGAGAAAGGGAAAGAGGCUGGCUGUGAUAGCAGAUGUGGAAGGGGACGAGGAGGGGGGCAGGGAGGGAAGCAGCAUCCUUGCAUCUUCUGUUCCAGUCUCCUCAACCCUACAGAGCUACACGGGUGUGACAGAGAGCAAGAAGGACGAAGGAGAAGCAAGUCAAGUGGUUGAUGUGGUUGGGAGGCGAGGGGGGGCGAACAGAUGGGGGCUGAGGGAGGGAGUGAUGGUGGCGGCGGCUCUUGAGGUGAUGGAGAGGCGGUGGGCCAUGAUCGACCCCAUGGAGGCGCUACACAUGAUGCCACACGACGUGCCACUACAGAGUGUGCUGCUGUAUCUAGAGGCAGUGCUGCGAGCCGGCAGCGAGCAGAGGAGGAACAGUGCAGUGGUGAAGAACCUCAGGCGGAGCGAGAACCUGCAGCUCCGGGAGGAGUUAGCGAAUGGCAGGAAGCGCCAUGUCAGCAUCACAGGGGACCGGCUGUGUGCCAUCUGUCGCAAGCGGAUUGGAGGGAGCGUGUUUGCCGUCUAUCCAGGCGGCACACUGGUGCAUUUUGUCUGCUUUCAACACCACCAGACACAGCUGCCUGCUGCUGCGGGUCCGUGA